UAAUGGCUUUGUCCGUCUCUUCGUCUCUAGCAGAAUCAACUCAAAACGACGACAACGAAGCAGAACAAGAAGAAGAUUAUCUUCCGAUACCGGAAACCGACGAAGCGGGGCCCACCUCGCUCCGUGGGGUCGGCCGUUUUCUCGCGCAGAAGAGUGCGCGUGCGAUGUUAAUGAAGUGCGACAAAAACCCGAAAAUAUGCCACUUCAAGGGCAGUCCAGGUCACUAUUGUUGCAAGAAGAAGUGUGUGAGUUACGCUAAAGACCGAUUAAACUGCGGGAAAUGCGGGCAUAAGUGUAAAUAUUCGGAGAUUUGUUGCAAAGGCAAGUGUGUGAACCCCUUGUCGGAUAAGAAACACUGCGGCGGAUGCAAAACUAAGUGCAGGAAAGGGAGUAAGUGUGUGUACGGUAUGUGCAGCUAUGCUUAAUCUUAAACCAGCUGGCACAGUGUACAUGUCAUCAUUUAAUUUAAUUUAUAUUUAUUUAUUUAAUUAUAGGGAAAAUAUCUAGCUUAAUUAUAUAC